CAGGUGACAGAGACAGAUGUUUGUGUUGUAGUAAUUUUCAAAUUUACUUUAUCAAUAAAAUUAUUUUUAAUAAACAAAACCAAGACCAAAGUUUAAACAAAUGGAAGUAAAGCAAGAAGUUAGUGAUGAGACGUCUCAAGCAAAAAUAUGUUGUAGUGUUGUUGAUGAUGGUGCUUUGGAUAUUUGUAAAAUUGAAAUUAAGAAAGAAACCCUAGAAGAAAGUACACAGGAUAGAUUUGAUUAUGUAGGCUUAAAGCAAAUUCCCAUAAAGACUGAAAUAGAGGAACAAGGGGAAUAUAAACUAAUGUCAUUUAAAGAAAUGCAAACUAAUACAAUGGGCUUUCCACAAGAGGAGAACACAUUGGAAAGUAUGAAAACAAUACCUGUACCUACCGGUUAUAAAGAAGAACAUACGAGUCAUCCUGUUGAAGAGAAUACAUUAAAAUGUGAAAUUUGUGUUAAGCAGUUUGCCCAUAAAAAGUCAUUAAAUAAACACAUGAAAAUUCACAAUGAACAAAAACCGUACAAGUGUGAAAUUUGUUUUAAGCGGUUUUCCUGGUCCAGUGCUUUGAAACAACAUAUGAUAUUGCACACUGGAGAAAAACCCUACACGUGUGAUGUUUGUUCUAAGACGUUUAGUACAUCAAGUGUUUUGAAAAAACAUUUGAGACUACACACUGGAGAAAAACCAUACAAGUGUGAAAUUUGUUUUAUGCAGUUUCCUCGAACAGAUGUUUUGAGAAAGCAUUUGAGAGUGCACACUGGAGAAACACCUUAUAAGUGCGAAAUUUGUUUUAAACAGUUUGGUCAAGCAAGUAAUUUGAAAUCACAUUUGAAAGUGCACACUGGGGAAAAGCCUUACAAGUGUGAAAUUUGUUUUACGCAGUUCAGACAUAAAAUUUCUUUGGAUGAGCAUACUAAAGUUCACACUGGAGAAGUGCCUUACAAGUGUGAAAUUUGUUUUAAGCAGUUUAAUGAUAAAAGUACUUUCAAAAGACAUUUGAGAACGCACACGGGAGAAAAACCUUACAAGUGUAAAAUUUGUUUUAAACAGUUUAGUCAAACAAGUAAUUUAAAAACACAUUUGAGUGUGCACACUAGGGAAAAACCUCAUAAGUGUAAAAUAUGUUUUAAGCAGUUUACUACAGCAGGAUCUUUGAAAAAACAUUUGAGAGCACACACUGGGAUGCACAAACAAAGUGUACCUUACAAGUGUGAAAUUUGUUUAAAGCAGUUCAGAUAUAAGAUUUCUUUGAAUGAACAUAUGAUAGUUCACACUGGAGAAGCGUCUUACAACUGUGAAAUGUGUUUUAAACAGUUUACCACAGCAAGUUAUUUGAAAGAACAUUUGAAAGUGCACACUGGAGAAAAACCUCACAAGUGUGAAAUUUGUCUUAAGCAGUUUAGUAAAACAGGUAAUUUGAAAACACAUUUGAGACUGCACACUGGAGAAACGCCUUACAAGUGUGAAAUUUGUUUAAAGCAGUUCAGACAUAAAAUUUCUUUGGAUGAGCAUACGAAAGUUCACACUGGAGAAGGGCCUCACAAGUGUGAAUUUUGUUUUAAGCAAUUUAUUCAAGCAGGUAGUUUGAAAACACAUUUGAGAGUACACACUGGAGAAAAACCUUACCAGUGUGAAAUCUGUUUUAAGCAAUUUAUUCAAGCAGGUAAUUUGAAAACACAUUUUAAAGUUCACACUGGACAAAAGCCUUACAAGUGUGAAAUUUGUUUAAAGCGGUUUAUUAGUACAAGUGAUUUAAAAAAACAUUUGAGAACACACACUGGAGAAAAACCUUACAAGUGUGAAAUUUGUUUAAAGCAAUUUAUUCAAGCAGGUAAUUUGAAAACACAUUUGAAAGUACACACCGGAGAAACGCCUUACAAGCACGAAAUUUGUGUUAAAGAAGUAUUUGAGAGUGCACACUGAACAAAAACCUUAACAGUGUAAAAUUUGUUUUGCUAUUUAGAGAAAUCGUAAGUUUAAAAAGACCUUUGAGACAGCACACUGGGAAAUGUCUUACAAGUGAGAAAUUUGUUUAAAACAGUGUGCUUAAAAAUAUUAUUUAAGCCAAUACAUAUGCGUUCGCACUUGAGAAAAACCUUGCAAGGAUGAAAUUUGUUUUAACCCUUUCACUGUGUCCUCGGUUGAGGACAACCAAUAUUUUUAUUCCAUUGGGCCACGAUGUCCUCAAAUGAGGACAUAUUGUAAUGACCAAACUGUGUAUUUUGAAAAUGUAAAACUAAUACAAAAAAUUUGCAAAAAAAUCAUUCUCGCUGUGUUGCAAAUUUCAGAGUUUUGGGCAUAGGCGCAAAAUUUCGGCUCCAGUAAAUGUUAAAUGCAUUUAAAAAACGAGUCUGCACCGCCAUUAAGAAGAACAAAAAAAUACACUCUCUUCAAAUAAACUUUUUUUAUCCGAUACCUAGAUUUUGUGUCAUAUCAUAUUGGAAUUACUAAAAAUCGAUUACUUAUCUAUAACAAGGCAGAACUUUCGAGAAAAAAAUAUUGAUGAAACGCUGUUGAAACACUCCUAAAGAAAUUUAAUUCGUGAACGAAAGGUUUAAACCAACACAUAUGCAUUGGCACUUGAGAAAAACCUUGCAAGUGUGAAAUUUGCUUUAAGCAGUUUAGUCAAAAAAGUACUUUGCGAAUUUCAAGUGCGAAAUUGGUUUUAAACAGUUUGCUCGAAAAGGUACUUUGAAAAAACAUAUGAGAAAAGGUGCUGCUUAAUUGCCUUAAGAUUGUUAAAUAUCUUCGUCUCAGAGUAACAGUAGGAUAUGUAAAAAAAGUGACGUCUGUGAUAUCCAUGUCAAAUGACUCGAAAUAAAUCCUUCGGUUGAGUCUAACACUAUCAUUAAAAAGUAAAAUACAUUUUUCACAAUAUUGCAUUUCCUUGUCUAGCUGAAUUCCCUUUAACUGAAAUCCUAUAAUGUAACACUAAGACAGCAUACAUAUUAUACUGUUAUAUUUGUUGUUUAUCUAUUUUGGUCACACAUAUAAAUGCAAUACUAAGUUAUCUUACGCACAUCCUUAUUGCACAGCUCAAAAUAAAAAUAAUUUUAUUAUGGCUAUGUAUUUAUACACUGUAGAAAACUAUAAUAUAGAGGAAGUUGAUCAUAAAUACCUUAUUGUUGGUCACAUAGAAAACGAAGAUGAUUCAAUGCACUCAUUUAUUGAAAAGAAAGGAGCAAGAGUAGAUACAUACUUAAAAAUGGUCCACUUUAUGUUCUGUCUGAAUUAGUCGCCAUUGUAAAGUCAGCUAAAGGGAACGGUAAGCCAUAAUGAAGUUACUGAGAUGCCCACUGAAGAUUUUAUUGAUUGAAAAAAAAAAUAGCGCAGUAAUGGCAGCACUUUAAACAAACUUGAAUGUGAAUGAAAAAGGUAAAAAUUUUAAUCAACGGCAUUAAAUCAAUUAAAAUCAAGAAAGGCGUACCUGGAAAAAUUAUGAUUUUAUUCAAACAGGAAGAAUUCGAACUUUAAUUCUUGCCUAUAACAAAGCACCACCGAUACCGAUUAAAAAAAAGAAUUUUUUUGUUUAAUGUUUAUUUUCAAUCUGUUACAUCAUACAAUAACAAUAAGCAUACAUGUUGAUUGGUACAAUGUCGUGAAAGAGAGUUUGUCCAAUGAUCACUCUCUAUAUGCACUGUUACAUUCUUACAUUUAUGUUAAAAACAAUAAAAAUUUAUAACUUUACAUUAUUACAUUGAUAUUAAAAAAAAAAAAUAAAACUAUCACAAUUUAAAAUUAAUUUCAUAUGUACAAUUGCUGUUAGAAUGGUAGAUCCAAAGAUGUUCUUAUUUUCAGCCUUCGGGUUUCUUCACUGUUGUCAAGCAGAUUAAUUGCCAGUGUGUUUGGAUGUUGCUCUAAGCGUCUUAGGUAGUUUGUGCUAAGCUGUUUAGUCACUGCAGUAACCGUUGGCAUCUCUAAAUCAUUAUAAAUGUCUCGAUUUGUUACGAACCAAGGAGCAUCUACUAUACUGCGCAGGACUUUUGACUGGAAUCUCUCGAUGAUAGCAAUGUUCGAUUUAGAUGCUGUUCCCCAUAACUGGAUUCUAUAGGUCCAUACAGGGCCGGAUUUAAGAGGGGCAGGCUGGGCAGCUGCCCUGGGCCCCUACAUUCUGGGGCCCCCACAAAGUCCCAGACUUAAAAAGAUCAGCACAUUAUUCACAUACACUAAUUUUUGUCAAUCAAAUAACUGUGACAUUUCGUUACUUGGAACGUUUCUUUCCCGUUGAAAAUGUAUUUUUGCCAAAUCACGGUCAUAAAGCAGAAGUAAAAUUAAUUCUCUAAUGACGUUAUUGCAAGAAGAUAUCGAUUUGAAACACGGCAGGGGACAGUCAUACGACAAUGCGUCCGUUAUGAGUGGAAAAUACAAUGGUGUUUAGGCUAAAAUUACUUAGAUAGAAUAAUAUCUUGGCGUUGCGGAUACCUUGUGCCGUCCACUCUCUAAAUUUAGUUGCAAAAGCUGCAGCUCAGUGUUGUCCUUCUGUCAUAGCAUUCUUUGAUUUCUUGGAAGGACUAUAUGAACUAUAUGUAUUUUCAAUUUCCUCUACAUGUAGAUAUACAACUUGUUAAUCGAAUGUUUAAAGCGAGAACAGCGCCGACCGUGGCAGAAAUAUUUAUUGUUCCUAAAAGAGUAAAUGCUACUAAAUGGUCAUCUAGAAGUGACGCCGCAAAUGAACGAGUUAAAGGUUAUAAUCAGAUUAAAGUAGCAUUAUCCAAAAUUUCAAAAGACGAUGAGCAACAAUUUGAAACCCGUAGCGAUGCAAAUGGUUUGUAUAAUCGAAUGUGUUUACUGGAAACAGGAAUAUUUGCAAUAUUUUGGAAUGAAAUUUAGAGAGGACAAACAGCAAAAGUCGUACCUAUUCUCCCAGAUCAAAAUAUUGACCUAUCAGGAGUGGCGGCACUUAGAUCACUUUUAAGAAUUUAUAUUCUUUUAAGGAAUAUUUCAGAGACUGAAACGACAAUAUGAAAGAAAUUUAGGACUCAAAAUUUUAUUGCUAUUGUAGAUCACUUCAUUUCCUCUUUAAGUCUUUCUGCAUAUGAAUCCAUUUAUUCCAAUUUUGGCUUUUUACAUUAUUUGGAAAAUUUAACUCUCAAUGAAAUUGAAGCUCACUAACUGAAUACUCACUCAUUUAUAGCAAUGAUUUAGAUGAAAACCUAGGCGUCGAACUGGUACAAUUUGGAGAAUUUUUCAAUCCAUUUAAAGAGGAAAUCGGCUCAUCAAAUAUAACUAAAGAACUUUAAAUUGCCGACUGCUAAAAGAAAAUAAUGUGAAUGAUGUUUUUGGAAACGUUGUGGUGAUUCUUCGUUUAUAUUUAGAUCUGAUGCUAACUAACUGCAGUGGAGAGAGAUCAUUCUCAAAAUUUAAGUUAAUUAAAAAUCGACUUUGGUCUAUGAUGGGCCAAGAGCGUUUGAAUCAUCUCUCUAUUCUAUAAUGAGCAUUGAACACGAUUACGAAAACGCAUAUAAAGCAACUAUAUAGACAUGUCCGACAUAAUCAAAGUGUUUCAAUUAAAAAAUCUCGAAAACUACUCGGAGCUUAACGACCAUACUAUGUCUAUUUUUAAUAUUUUACUAUAUCAAGAUACAGCUCUUGUAUUUUUAUUAUUUAAAAAUAUACUUAUAAAAGUAGAUCAUAAUUUUUUUUGUAAUUUCUAAAAGGUAAAACCCUGUAGUUUGCUGUAUACCAUAGUUAUAACAUUUUUUUUAAUGGUAAGACGUAGGGCCCCAUACCAAUUCUGCCCAGUGGCCCCUACUGCCUUAAAUCCGGCUCUGGGUCCAUAGUGGUUUGAGAACGGUAUUGUACGCUAGUAAUUUGUUCCGCAAUGAUAAUAUUGUGAUUUUCUGUCAAGGAGCCAGUACAGCUUUUUCCAUUUAGUAUCCAGCUGCUUUCUUUUUUUUUUUCAUAUGUGAGCACGCCAGGUUAGAUGUUUGUCCAGGUGUAUCCCCAAAUAUUUUACGCUGUCUGUUUUAGGUAUUCGUUCAUUGU